GCAAAGCAGCUUGAAGAAGAGCUGAAGAAGCAACGCAAAAAGGCGGCGGCGCGUACAGGAAACGUCAAGUUCCGCAAUCGUGAAGCUCGUGAUUUGUGGAUGAAUCGUGAAGCUCGUGAUUUGCGGAUGCAGGAGGACAUCGAGAAGCUGAAAAAAGUCCUCCGUUGCCCAGACAUGUUCGACUUGUAUGGGGACCUCCUCGACCCGAAAACGUUGAUUGAUCUGAUGAAUGAUAAAUUCGGCGCUCACUGGAUUCUUGUGGUGGAUGAAUGCCAUUCAACCUGGCCCAUGCUUGGGAUCGCCUCCACAGGAUACCGUACGCAAGUGCAGGCUCACGUCGAGAACGGCAGGGCGAGGAGCCAGCUGCUUCCCGUGGAUGACGUGGGGGCCGAGCAUCGCGGGAACGGGCCGCUGACACUGCCCCAGCUUGAGCGUCGCCUCCCGCACUAUGUGCUGAACAUGUCGGCAACCCCGCAGGAAAAGGCCGGAGGCCUAUUGGGAGAGAAGGUCGAGUUGGAUUUCCGGCCCACGGGUAUCUUGGAGCCUGAGAUUUUCAGAAUUGAGAUGGAGGGCUGCCAGCAGGGCCCUGGCGACACCAGACACAAGACCUGGAGCCUGUAUUGCAAAAUCUGCGGCCUCCUCGGCAUCUCUUCCCCGGGAGAGCAGGGAAAGGAGGACCGUCCCCGACAGGAGGGCGAGCAGGUGAUCAUUUCGUGCGUCACCAACAACCAAGCGGAGGUCGUUUGGGGUCUGCUGACUGCCCGAGGGGAAGCCGCGGCAGUAGUCCACGGAGCGAUGGACAGCAAGAAGAAAGCAGCGGCGCUGCAAGAGUUCCGAGAAGGCCAAGUCGAUAUCCUCCUUGGCUCUAAAGGCUUGAUCGAAGGCUUGGACUUUCCGAGUGUGGCCAUGGUGAUUGUCCCAGAUGCUGACGGCUCGGGGCUAUUUCGUGCUGCCACCCCCCUAAAGCAACUAAUCGGACGAGCUUCGCGCCACAAAGACGGAAGAGUGUAUUUCCUGACAACGCAGGAGCACAGUGCAAUACUGGACAAAAUCGAAUUGGAGAGCGCAGAGCUUCGAAAGAAGCAGGCCGAAUACAACGCGGAGAAGGGUCUGAAACCCACGAGCAUCCAGUCUCAGGUCAGGUCACAGAGAAAGGAAAGCUUUUGGAAACCAGAAGAAGGACUUGAGGAGUGGAAGAUCUGCUUGCGGGCGACAGCUGCUAUUCUUCAAGAGUGCUGCCGCUUCAAGCGAUGUGUAGAGGAGAAAGAAGAACAGGACAUAACUCCAUAUUGGAUGAAGCGCUCGACCAGGAUGGUCCUGGAGCAAGACUUCUUUAAGGACAGUGACAAGUUGUUUGAGCAGAUCGUCCUGUCAGUCACCGUGGAUUACAUCGGGCCUGAUAGAUCGCGAUGCCUGCUGGACAAAUUGGGAAACAUUGACUACCUGCUCAGCCCAUUGUGCGACAGAGCAAAGUUGGAAGCGGUCCCACUGAUCGGCGAAAACAUCAGCGAAGAUCUAUACAACACGGCUUUCCGAAAGCAAGUGAAGAACACAAGGAAGAAGCUGUCUGACAUGAAGGAAAUGCUGACAAGUCUGCUGGAUCGUUCGCAUCUUCCAGAGGAUCCGGAGGAGGAG